UUUACCAUAUUAAAAAUCAAAACUAAUCCUUUCACUGCUAUUGCUUGAUGGAAUUUUAAAAAUGUAUUAUUUUUCAACAUAAGCCAGCCAAUAAUUUUAUCUUUGCAGGCCCCUGAGAGGUUCUUGGGAGUCCCCAGGGAUCCUAAGGUUACACUUUAAGAAACACUGUUCUAAAUGAUAGCAGACUAUGAUAUCUAUCAUCCCCUGAGGAGGUAUAGCAAUUCUGUGUUCAUAAUAUUUGCUCAAAUCCAAAUCUUUAGGGGUAGGGAUAAGCAAUAUGUAACAUAUUGGGCAAUGGAUUCUUCUCUCAAUGUCCACUAUUUGAGAGAGGGGGGGGGCAGAGAAAACAUAUAAUAUUGGCAUACAAUGACAAAUAGCAUGAGACAUUGCCACCUUUAUUUAUAAGAAUGCCUCCAGCUUCACUGCAGAAAAUAAAAAUUGGGAUGACCUGGUUUACCGAAGACUGCCAUAAAUCAACUGCAAAAAAUAUAUAACCACUAGAUGGCAGAAAAGAGAUGGACUGUCUCUGCCACCUAAUGUCUAUACAGAUGUUUGCAGCCCUACUAUGCAAGCAUUCCUACUAGCCUCAAAAAAAAAAAAAAAGACAAAAGAUAUAUUGGGGGAGUGGAAGGCAGAAAGCAUCCUGAGCGGAAGGGGGAAAUGAUCUAAUCAGUUUGCCUUCUGAAAAAUGGGUCUUUUAAUAAGUUGUCAUAGCUACCCCUGCAGUCAUUUUGUUUGAUUGUUCACAAGUUAGGAUCAGAAGAGUAGGCAGCAUAUACUUUUGGGGAAAUACUUUUUUAAAAAAACAAAAAUGCUUUGAAAAUUCAUAUGUGCCCACCAGCUCCAAAAAAUAAUCUACCUCUCUCACAUUGGGCCAUAUCUUACAUCAGAGAAGUUGGGUCCCAAUGCCAGCUCAAGCAGGGACAGAGCCAAACAAUCGUUCUGUGUUAUUAGGGUGGUGAGCGGCCAGGAUUGAUAACUCUCAAGAAUUUAAGCAAAUGCAGCUUUAGGAGCAAGAAAAGCAGCCCUGCUUCAAGUAGUUAUCUGCAGAAUUAAAGGGAAAGGAGCAUCCCAAGGAAUAAGAUGUCAGUUAUGGUAACCAAUCUCUAUACAGGUCUAUUUUGUUUAAAAAAAAGUAUUUUAUUGUUUUUACUUUUUGACAUUGUUUUAAUGUUUAUUUUAUUUAGCAUUUUCUAAAAUAUUUUAAUGCAGACUUAUUUUUUGAAUUAGUGUUUUAACUGUAAACACUUUGAGGUUCACCUUUAAGAGGAAAAGGUAUUGUAGUGAUUUAAAUAAACUAUCCUUGUUCAUUUAUAGUUUAUUCAUCUUUUCACCCAACUUGUAAAGGUUGAUUAACAGGUGACAUCAAUUGAGAAAGCUAAGGAAAUGCCUUAAAUAUGAAGCCAGAAGCCAUACAUGCAUGUGACUUUGAAAGAAAGUGCAGUGAGAACAGAUGAUUUGCAACAUUCAUAGCCUAAAUGGAGGCUUUCCUGAGAGAACUCACUUCCACUUCCAAGAACCUACUUGAAUUCAGGGAAAUGUAUGAAUAUAAAAAUCGCCUGCAGACCUUAACUGCGUGGCCUUUUAAGGACAAUUGCAAAUGUUCUCCUGAAAAUAUGGCCAAGGCUGGCUUCAUUCACCAUCCGCAUGCAGAGGAAUCCGAGGUGGCCAAGUGCUUCUUCUGCUUGAUAGAAUUAGAGGGCUGGGAGUCCAAUCACGAUCCCUGGUUGGAGCAUUCCAAGCGUAGUCAAGACUCGUGUGGGUUCUUGUCCCUUUCGAAGAAUUUUGAUGAUCUGACAGUAGAAGAAUACUAUGAACUAGAGAUGGAAAGGGUCAGAAAUUUUCUGUGUAAAACCGGCCGGAGUAUAAUAAACACCUUUGAAAAAGAAGCAGCUCUAACAAGGAAACGUCUUGUGGAUCAUUUCAUGAAUAAAUACCAAUAUGCUUCAGAAGCGGAGGCUUCUGUCGUUGCAACAAAAGAAAAUUGUGUGCCAGCCAACAAAUAGAAGAGAAUGGAUUGCAGCUGACAGUCUCUUGUGAUGACAAGCAUGGUCAGAGGUAAAAGUACAUAAUUAAUGAAAUGUGAACAAAGGCCUGGCCUGUAAUACUGGUUAAUAUGACACGAAUGGAAUCUUCGGAUAGCCAUUUAUAUUCCUGAUGCUUUUAUUGUGUGCAAGGCUUGUUCUGCAUAAAACCAGAAAGAAGACAGAAGGAAAUAAUUCUGACUUAUGGAAGUAAUCCACUAAGCUGAGAUAAUGUGUUUGGAUAAUGUAAAGAUAAAAUUUUGAAUAAAGGGUU